GUAAAUUGCUCUGCCCACUUUGCGCCUUCAUAAACUUGGCCAGCUCGAUCUGUCUAUUCGCCGGGCUUCGCCGGAUUCCAAAGCCAAAAACAAUGGCGGCGAAUUUCUGGACUUCUUCUCAUUACAAGCAGCUUGUUGAGCAGGAUAAGAUUGAUGUGGUGCACCCGAUCGACAAGGAGAGGGGUCUAACUCUUGAGGAGUUCAAGCUCAUAAAGAUCCACAUGACCAACCACAUAUGGAAACUUGCUCAACACGUGAAAGUGAGGCAAAGGGUUAUAGCUACUGCCGUUACUUAUUUCAGACGUGUGUAUACCAGAAAAAGCUUGACAGAGUAUGAUCCUCGGUUAGUUACAACGACUUGCUUGUACUUGGCAUCAAAAGCAGAGGAGAGCACUGUACAGGCUCGAUUGCUAGUUUUUUAUAUUAAAAAGAUUUGUACUGAUGAGAAGUACCGUUGUGAGAUCAAAGACAUUCUUGAAAUGGAAAUGAAACUCCUCGAAGCCCUUGACUAUUAUUUGGUUGUUUUUCAUCCUUAUCGUCCAUUACUUCAGUUAUUACAGGAUGCUGGUAUGACAGAUCUCACUCAUAUCUCUUGGGGCCUUGUCAAUGAUACCUACAAGAUGGAUCUUAUCCUCAUCCAUCCGCCAUAUAUGAUUGCACUUGCCUGCAUCUACAUUGCAAGCGUUCUCAAAGACAAAGAAACCACCGCAUGGUUUGAGGAGCUACGUGUGGACAUGAAUGUGGUGAAGAAUAUUGCAAUAGAGAUCUUGGACUUCUACGAUUUCUACAGGGUUGAGUCCUUUAAAGGUAUGGCUGAAUCUUUCAAAGGAAUUUCAGAUGAGAAGAUCAAUGCUGCUUUGCAUAAGUUGACACCAAAGCCAUGAUCUUUCUAUUCCCUUUAAUUCCUUGUAGAAAAUUACUUGUGACUUGUGACUGUUGUGCGCAAGGAAUAUCAUUACAUGCUAAUAAAUAAAAGGGAAAUGCUUUGUAUAACUCGGAGUAAGUAAAAGAAUUUUACUUUAGACCUUUUGUGUUAGGUUUCUUCA